AUGUACAAAACUGUGUUUGUUGUUAUAUUCUCGUCAUUGUUAGUAAGUUGCCUUUACUCCAACUUCAAAGUUUUUUGUAAUCCACAUCACUUUGUAUAACGAUUCAUAAUAAUAUUACCUUUGUUUCAUCUUACCAUUUCUUAAAACGUAGUAAUUCUUAUUGAAUUGACCUUAACAAUCGUUUGUUUAGAAAUGCUCCACUGCCCAAAUUGCCCUUCCCACACUGCCAACCCUAGCGCCUUUCACAUUGGCCACAUUACCUCCCCUAGUGCCAGCUCAACCGUCGGGUCAAGUCUUUCCCUUACAACCUGUAACAGUUGCCCCAGCUAUUACCCUCGGCACUUUAGCUCCAUUAGUGCCAUUAGGAUCGGUAACCACACCGGUACCAGUUUCAAAUCCCAUAGCUGGUGCUACUGUGCCAUCUCAAAAUGCGUUGUUAACGGUAGCAACAACAACCAUAGCAAAUUUGUUACCUACAUUACCUACUUUGGCAACAUUGCCUAGCUUGAUACCAGUAACGUCAGCCGCACCCUUUACUGGUAGCAUUAGUCCAUUAGUCAGAGGAGUGGAUGGCAAAUAUCAAAUCAAGGUAACUUUUAAUUUUAUAAUUUUUAGCUAAGUUACCUUGUUUUAAGCCUUUCAAUAUAUUGUGUGCAGGGACGUCGCUACGGUUUUUCUCUGGGGGGGGGGAGGGGGAGGUCGAAAAAAUUUUUUUGGUCCACAGUUUUAGCUGCUACCUGUGGAUUUUUUUUCGGAUCGGCUCUGGGGGGGAGUCACCCCGAACCACCCCCCCCAAACGACGUCCCUGAUUGUGUGCUGUAGACGUAUUUUAUUGUGUAGAUGUAUGUAUUAUGUUGUUGUAGAUUGGUCUUCUCUUCCCGAACAACUCAGAAUAUGUUAGAGAUAAAGAAGGCUUUGGCCAGUCAACUCCUGCUUUGGCAGUAGCUCUAGAUCGUAUCAAAAGCGAGGGUUUACUACCAAAUGUCAACUUUACUUUUGUCUAUUACUUUGACAAUUGUUCGCCCACGAAAGCAGCGGGAUAUGUGAUGAGGAUGAUCAAUGUGGACAAGGUUUCCGUUAUCUUUGGUCCACUUUGUACUAAUAGUAAGUUCUAACUAAUCACUUGUACUUUUCAUCAUAUGGUUGAGACCUCAUACUAGAUUUCUUAAAACUACUUACGGGAAAGUAUAGUAGCAUUACCAAUUUUAGGUGUAGUAGCAGCGGCGUCUGUGGCAUCUUCACAACUAAUGCCUGUUAUGUACUGGGGAGCCGGCUUUUCUCCCCAAGCUUUAAAUAUAAAUGAUUUCCCUACGCUCACAAGUGUCUCCAGUGGUACACUACCGUAAGUAAAAAUUCUUUUAUUUUUUUUAAUAAAAUUGUCUGUCUAACAUAAUGUAAAUUGGUUUUUCACUUGUUAAAUGUCAAUUUGUGGUUUUUAGAAUUGGAAAUGCAGUAUCAGCACUAUUAAAAUACUUUAAAUGGACAGAAUUCGCUCUACUUUAUACCACUUACGAGCAUUUAUCGUUCUGUAACGACCUACAAAGUGAUAUUGAGGUAGAUAACCAAUAUAUAUCGCAAAAGACUCAAAAAAUUUAAAAAACCUUUUGUACACUGAUAUCAUAAUAUUCAAGUCAAAACACUUUUUUAUCUUUUCAUUUUAGGCUUCAAUACAAUCCAAUGACAGUAGUAUCUACAUCUCGUACAGACAUGUGAUGACGCCAACAAUAGAAGGCUACAGGUCCUAUUUAAAACAAGCCAAAAGCAUAGCCAGAAGUAAGAAUUUAGUUUUCAAACUUUUAAGUUUAAAUUGCCAUUUCAUUUUUACGUUCUUCUCAAUAUUGUCAUACUCAAACACAACUUGUUAUUGACCCAAUGAUCAAUUCCAAUCUUGUAUGUCUUCUAAACACACAUCAUAACACACACUCAAAUGUCAUCAACAACACGAAAUAAUGUACUCUAAAUUUUUAGUCUUUGUCGUAUGUACUGAAUUCGCCAAAGAUCAACGUGACUUCAUGUUGGCAGCGUACGAUGAGGGAUUGGCUACUGACGAGUACAUGUUCAUCUUUACUGUAGUAGCCAAUUACGGUAUACAAAGCAUAAACGGCACUAAAAGGUAUAGCGCUGAUGUAUGGAGUAACCCAAUGGAGAACGAUGGUAGAGAUAACAAUGCAUAUGAAGUAGCAAAGAGAUCAUUUACCAUUGAUUUUGCCAUUUCCAAUGAUACUGUAAUCCAAAACUUUGCCCAAAAGGCCAAUGAGAAGUUGGGGAAAGAGCCGUUUUACUGUGAUGACAAUUGUAUGGGUACUCCAAAAAAGGUUAGAAAAUUGGAUUUUUUGAUUUUAUUGAUACUACUUGAGUACUUUGUCUUUUAUGUACCUUGGUUAAUUGUAAAGUCAUGUUACAGUAGUUUACAUCCAAAUUUAAAAUAUUUUAGCUAUCAGCCUAUGCCGGUCCACUACAUGACGCCUUCUAUGUUUAUGCCAAAGCUUUGAAUAAGACAUUUCAAGAAGGAAAAGAGAGCCAGAUCUCCAAUGGUACCUUCAUUUCUGAACAAAGCCAGGUUUCCUUUGAUGGUAAGCUUAUCAAAAAGUAUUUACAAUGAAAAAGGUUACUUAAAACUGUUUAUAUUCAUUAAAAAGCAAGAUGAAAAUUUGAGUCGUAUUUUACAUAUAUAUUUUCUUAUAGGUAUAUCCGGCCAAGUGAUAAUGAGCAAGAACGGAACUCGAAUCCCUAGUCUUAUUGUUUAUGGCGUGGACGCAUCACGCAAAGCUCAGGUGUAUUUGGAAAUAAAUAUCACAGAAUCGAGCGAGGCUGUAAGUGGCACAACAUAUUAACUAUUACUAACAUUAAUAAUUACUACUAUUACAUUUCCUAGCAAUACACAGUGUGUGGUCUAAUAAGAGGAGUACCUGAGCUACUACAACCUAAACCUUUAUAAAAUAAAUCUUUAUUUCCUUAUAAGCUUCUUUUAAAGUUAAUACUACAAAAUUUUAUGGACUGUAUAUACAUGUCCAUUAUCAUAAUAUAAAUAUCUCCGUUAACCAGCUUAUUAGACAUCGCAGCCAAUGAUCAUAUUACAACAUCAUAACUAUGUUUUUAGAAAGUCAUCCCCAAAAAUGAUCAGCCAAUAAUGUGGGAUAUGCGAAAAGACAAGAAGGCCCCCCUAUCUAGACCAGUUUGUGGCUUUAAUGGCAAUGAAUGUCCUAUGAGUAUUGGUGCUUACAUUGGAAUUGGUGCUGCGCUGGUCGCUUUAGUACUGUUAAUCAGCGGUGGUGUUGCGCUUUAUUUUUUACGGUAAGUAUUUACAAUGAAAGUACAAACUUAUUACUUAAAACGUUUUGAAAAUACUAUUGCACUUUACAAAAGUAAUAUUAUUUUAAAGAUGCCAUAACACAAAAAUAGCUAAAAUCAAACAGCACUUCUUUACAGCCAUUUUUUGAACAACAUACACCUGAAAUCCUUUCAGUGAGCGCCUGCGGGAGCAAAAUCAAUCCAAACUAGAAUGGGAAGUGCCGUACCAUUCUCUGGGCAAGGUGGAGGAAGAAGCCCCGGAGGCGAUUAAAAGUAUGCGUUCGAUUGCCAGCGGUCAAAGCAACGGAAGCAAGACAAAUGCCAGUGAAAACUUUACAGAAACAGAAUCCCACUGCUUCUUCACCUUCAGAAGAAACGUGGUCUUCGCCAACAAGCAUCCAGUCAGGAUGAGGCUGACCAAACAGGAUGUGCAGAGGAUCAAAAAUGUAAGGAACAUGACAUUGUUAACCUUCAUAGUGACUAGAAAGUAUUAAAAAAUAACUAGUAUUAACAGGUUGACACUUUUGUUGUUUUAGUUACGACAAUUUGAUCACGAUAAUGCCAACCGGUUCCUUGGCAUUUGCCUAGAUGGACCUGUAAUGUAUUCUGUAUGGAAAUAUUGUCAGCGUGGGUCAUUACAGGUAUGUUAAGGUACAUUUCAACAAAACAGUUUGUCAACUUAAGAUUUAGUAAAACAAGUGUCACUGGCCAAUGGUCUUCAUAAUAAUCUGUCAAAUAGAUGAUAAAACAACCUUUCAGGAUGUUUUGAGCAAAGAAAGCUAUGUUCAUGAUCAAUUCGUAAUGUUCGCUUUGAUGCGUGAUAUUUGCAACGGUCUUCUAGCAAUCCACAGCUCUGACAUUGAAGUACAUGGAGCUUUGUCCUCAAUGUGCUGUUUGAUCAGCGAUCGAUGGCAGGUCAAGAUUGGCAACUUUGGUUUAGGCCCAAUUAGGGACCAACAACCUAUCAAAAGAAAAGGUAAUAACUUACGCUUACCUUUUGUUAUCCAUGGUAUUGACUUGUUAAAGCUUUUUGUAAAAGCACUGAAAUUGAGACAAGAUCUUCUUUAUGGCUAUAUCAACUUCUUCCAUCAGUUAAAACAGUAAAAAAACACACAAUAGUAUAAAUAAUAAUAAAACCAACAUUUUAUAUAAAAUAAGUAACAAACAAAGAAAUCUCUUCGUAAACAUAACUUUUUGUCAUUUAAUUUACAAUAACCUACCUUCAGAAUACUUGUGGAUGGCUCCAGAGCUGAUUCGAGUAGACGAUCGUCACGGAACCCAAACAGGUGAUGUAUACAGCUUUGCCAUUAUCUGUUCCGAGCUUUUGAACAGAGAAAUCGCCUGGGAUGCUUCAGAAAAUGACGAUGACAUCGAUGGUAAGACUUCUGAAAUUAAAUCCUAUAAAGAUUUACAUGUUUAAAGUUAUUUUUGUUUAAAAAUAGACUCUAAAACAAUUUUUGUCGCAAAAUCCAAGAAAAUUGUCAGCCAUUUGAGUCUUAUGCCACCUUGAGAAUUUAAAAUGCAGAAAAACAUUGUAACUGUUAUUUUACUUACAGAAAUCAUUUAUCGACUGAAGCGAGGCGGAGCGACACCUUUCCGACCAAACAUUCAUCCACCAGAUGACGUUGACACCAACAUUGUAAGUCAAUCCAUAAACCCUACAAAAAAACGAGUAAAAAGGCAUAAAAAAGUAAGAUAAAUGAUAAAAGAACGUUCUAAGAUACAAAAAACGGCGUUUAACUUCUUUAGGUAUUGCUGAUCAAAGAUUGUUGGGCCGAAAUCCCGGAAAACAGACCUACCAUGGAGAACGUCAGAGUCAUGUUGAAGCAGUUACUCAAAAACAAGUAAGUCUUUGACAUAGAAGUGUUAUUUUACUUCAAUUUUGAAUUUCAAAAACAUUUUUCGACAAAAUUUUGUCAAAUCUUUUGAUUUGGACGAAUUGCCACAAUCGAAUUUUUAAAAAAGUUUUUGUGGAGAAAUAAUGUAAAUGUUAUUUUAGCAAACAAAACUUGAUGGAUUAUGUGUUCUCGAUGUUGGAGAACUAUGCUGGCUCCUUGGAACAAGAAGUUGAACAAAGAACUCGAGAACUGACAGAAGAAAAGAAGAAAAGCGACAUAUUGUUGUAUAGAAUGAUGCCUCAGUAAGUCUACACAUAGGAUAAGGUGUAUAUUAAUAAUUGUUUGCUUAGUUUUUUUCUAAAUAUAAAAAUAUAUUAAAUAAUAAUUUUUUAGACAAGUGGCUGAUAAGUUAAAGCUGGGAGAAGUUGUGGCUCCAGAAAGUUUUGACAUGGUUACUGUCUUCUUCUCUGACGUCGUAUCUUUCACAACUUUGGCUUCAAAAUGUACUCCUUUACAGGUAAGGGAGCAAUGUCACUAAUAAAUAGCAAAAAGUCAGUUAAUUUUUAGGUUAUGUAUGAAGUUUUACUAUUUACGACUAAAAUAUAGUUAAGGAUGGGCUGCAACAUUAUAUAAAAUCUAAACUGAUUAAUCAUGAUUAUUUCAAAUUCUUCUCUAAUUGUUAAAGCAAUAUUAGGUUAAUGGCAAGAUUCUUUAGGUAGUAAAUCUACUGAACGACCUCUACACCAACUUUGAUGGUAUCAUAGACAGUUGUGAUGUCUACAAGGUGGAGACAAUAGGUGAUGGUUACCUGUGUGUGUCAGGGUUACCAAGGAGGAAUGGUGAUUUACAUUGUAAAGAGAUAGCCAACAUGUCCAUGGCUUUUCUGAAGAGCUUGUCUACAUUUAGAAUCGCCCAUUUGCCAAAUGAAAAGAUUAAUAUUCGAAUUGGAUUUCAUACAGGUAUGAGUUUGGUUGGUGUGGGACUAUCAGUUUGGACUAUAAUGGAAUUAGAAGCUUUUGUAUCUUGAUUUUAUGAUGAUGUUUACUAUAAUAUGAUGAUAUCGACCAAUAUCUUUUAGAAUAUAUUGUUGUUUUAGGACCAGUAGUAGCUGGAGUUGUUGGUUUGACCAUGCCAAGAUAUUGUUUGUUUGGUGAUACUGUAAACACGGCGAGUAGGAUGGAGUCAAAUAGUAAACGUAAGUCUGUUGAGAUUUUUGAAAGUUAAAGUUUUUUGUUUGAAAUUAUAUGUAAAAUGCGCCAAUGGACGGUUAACCUUAUAAGAGAUCCAAAAGUACCAAAUGACUAUUAAAAACCUUUAAAUCCUGAAUUUCAGCCGGUCGUAUCCACAUCUCAGCCUCGUCGAAUCAUUAUUUGACCGAGAUGAUAGGCGGGUACGGUACCGAAUCUCGAGGGGAGGUAAUGAUAAAGGGCAAGGGAUUAAUGGAGACUUUCUGGCUUCUCGGCAAAACAAAUGCUCAGGGAAUUAUCGUGGACGCCAUACCAGAACCACCAGACCCGGACAAGCUCAAGAUCUCCAGCGAGGUACCCUUAAUAUCUCCACAAAUGGUAGCAAACCCAGCUAUUGAGUACACGAAGAAGAACUCCACCUCUGGGAUUGGGGAUGUUACACCUGAUACUGAACGGGCUAACGACGUCUUUGGGGUACCAUUGUCGUAG